UGUUUCUUUUUCUUUCACUUCCUCUCUUCCUCCAAAACAAUUCCCAAACAAAAUUUCCCGAGAAAAUCCUCAGGAAAUUUUUUUUUUGAUGAAUAUAGAAAAUCCUCAGGAAAUUAAAGCCAAGAAGUUGUUCGAUGAUUUCUAAACCCUAACCGUCACUUGAGGACGAUGAGGUCGACCCUCCCUGACAUCUUCUUCAGCUCUAACAUCGCGUUUUCUGCUGCAAUUUUCGAUGGAACGAGACCGUGCUCUCUCUUCCCAGCCAAACAAAAGCGAUCCAAAGAAUCCGAAGGUGAUCGAGUGGGAAGACUUCGAGGACGAGCUUGCGAGGUUGUGGAGUCUUUCUGCUGCGCUGAAAGAAGCUAAGGAAAAGAAACAAAGUAUUCAACAAAAGCUCGAGGCACUUAUUCAGGUUGAUGCUGAGUCAUUGAGUCGAUUGAAUGUGCUUGAUGAGAUGCGUGAGAAACUGGCAGCUAAAAAACAGGUGAUGGAAAGCAUGACAAUGAGUUCUAAGCUUGCAAAGGAGGAUGCUAAAAAGCAAGAGGAAAAACUUAGUGUUGAAGUUAGAUCUUUAUUGGUUGCUGGGACAGCUCUUUCUGUAGCAAGGAAGCGAUUGCAGGAAUCAAAUAGGUUAUUUUCUGGAGAAAAAGGUUAUGGUAGUCUUCGGAAUUUGCAGAAGAGGCUAAGAACAAGGCAACAAUAUAUGAUCUCUCAAGUUUCAUUGCUCUAUCCUGUAAAGAUUUCGGUUGGACCUGAACAGGAGCAGGAACUUGAGUUGUUUCCCAGCAGUAGUCAAUCAGGGGGUUCUCCUGGAUCAAAACCUGCUCAUCAAGGAUCCUUGACAAUUUUAGGUCUCCACCUGAGUAUGCUUCCUUUUAAGAAGAUGAGUUUUUUCACGGAUAAGAGGGAGGUUCAGAGGUCUGCAACUGCGCUGGGAUAUGUUGCACAUGCUGUUUCUCUUAUAGCUUCCUACUUAAACGUUCAUUUGCGUUACCGUUUGCGCUUGGGUGGUUCUCAUUCAUAUAUUAUUGACCAUGCACCUUCCUUAGAGCCCACUUCUUCAGAUUUGUCAUCAAAUACAGAGCUUUCUACAACUAAGAAGCAUGUGGAGUUCCCUCUCUUUUUAGAAGGUCAAGACACUACAAGAGCCGCUUAUGCUGUAUUUUUGCUGAAUAAGGAUUUGGAGCAGCUUUUGAAUUCUGUUGGUGUAAAGAGUUUAGGACCGCGCUACAUAUUACCUAACUUGAAGGAGCUUCUAAGAACUAUCCAGUCUGCAGAUUUUAGAAACACAUGAUGAUGCAAAAUGAUCGACCGUAAGUUAACUUCUCUGUAAAUGGAUUACCUUUUCUUUUCUUUUCUUUUUUCUUUUUUUUUUUUUAAGUUUGGGUGCAAUUUUUUGAUGGAGCACCUUCAAUGAAUCGAUAUAGUUUUCUCUUGUCAUUACAAUUGAUUGAAGAAGCAAAUUUUGCUCAAAAUGGAAAUUCUUUGUUGGAGCAUAACUCAUGUAAGAUUUGACUGGUUAAUAUGAUUCGUCGCUUAUAGUUGAUGCAA